UUGUAAAGCUCAACACACCGCUUUCGCUUCUCUUUCUCUCAACACACACCGCUUCCACACACCGCUUCCGCUUCGAUUUCUCUCAACACACACCGCCUUUGCCAUAUUCGUCUCUCAUUUCGCAGAUUUUGUCGCAGAUUUCUUUGUUUGGCUAGAGAUUCAGGAAAGAUGGAUCAAUAUGAAAUUGUUUGCCAAUGCAAGAAGGGGAGAAUGUUACGGAAGUGUUCAAAUUCGAAUAAAAAUAAAAAUAGAAUGUACUACUGCUGUACAAAAUCAAAGAAAUUGUCAAAUGGGAGAUGGGACUUCGGUUGCCAAUUCUUUUUGUGGGAGGACCAACUCAGGCGUUGUUUGUGUGGUGAAGGUAUGUGUGCCCUUGUACGAUACGAAGACAAGGGCAUGGAAGUGUGCUCCCUGCAGGGUUGUUCACCAGCUGAAUCCGGAGAGGGCAGUGGUUCUUCAAAAUCUAAACAGUGCCAACUGUGCCAAGUUUUAUCAAUCAAAAUCAAGAUUUUGGAAGCCAAGCUGGAGGUUGCUCAAUCUCCGGAGAAGCACGCCAACACAUCAUCUGCCAUUUUAUACGAAGCUUUGGAAGAGGUGUCUGAUGCGGUGGCGGGACUAUCGCUGGAUCAUCAACCAAAUAUUUCUUAAUGUGAUUGUUGACAGUAUGGUUAAUGUUGCUGAACCUCUCCUGAAAUUUAAGUGUAUUGGAUUGUUGAAGUUGAAGGCACUAUUUUGGAAUUUUAUGUUAGCUUUUUAUAGUAUUUAUUUGCCCUUGAUUUUGUAGUAUUUGACAUAUUGUUGUAGUAUUGUACCGGCUACAACAGAAACAAUAGAAGCUUAUAAGUAUCACUUUUUUUACUAGAAUAUAUGAGGUUUUUGUUAAUAACUUGUUAGUGACAGUUUUCUCUUUUAGUUAUUUUUAUGCGAUGUUGACCUGAAGACUUUUGAGAUAUCAAAAGGCAUAGUCCCUAUGCAUUUUGAUGAGAAAGGUAUAUGAUGGCAGGUAGGAACCAGAACCCACUUUUUUAACUCUUUUAAAAAUUUUGAUUUGAUGUUUCUGUUUGAAGGGUGGCUGUGGCAAGCAGACUCUGCUAUGAUAGACAACUUUCACAGCCUACUUAGUUCACCUAACUCCUUUUAGACCUAUAAUCUAACAUUUUUUAUUUCUUAUUUUCUCUCUCUCACCCCCUUCUUAUAUUGUCCAUCUUUCUCAUUUUUUCUUUCUUCUCUCAUCACGUUCCUUCUCAUGGAUACUCUUCUUCUGGUACGUUUUUAAUUUAUUUCUUCUCUCCCUCUUUUUCUACUUCUAGUACGAUUUUAAUUUAUUUCUUCUCUCCCUCUUUUGUAUGCCAACUUCUAUGUCUUUUUUUUUUUGGGGUGUUGGAUAUAUUCAAGCAUAUGAUGCUCUUGCUGAUGCAUUCUUGCCAUGAGAUUCAAACUUGUUUUAGUGUUUCUUCUUUUCUGAUAUGGUUGCCUCUUAAUUGAGUUCAUUGAGUUCUGCCCCAUGAUGGCACCAUUCCUUGGUUGCAACGUGGCAGGUAGGAACCAGAACCUUGCACAUGAUGUAUUCUCUUGAACUGAUGCAAGUGUAAACAACAAAUCUCCAUGCAUAUUCUACUGAUUUGCUUGUUCUUUUAAUGUUUCUUUUCUGAUAUGGUUGCCUCUUUUCUGAUUUGGGAAUUAGUAAGUACUGUAAAGGUUCUAGCUGCAGAACUUCUUUUUCCUUUGUGGUGUUGCUCUUUUAUUUGGAUUUUAUCUUACUGGAGGGGAGAUGGUGGUGUAGUGAGGGAGAUGCGUAACUUGGUUUUCUCAGUUUCGGGUGUUGCCUGGAAUUUAGGGGUGUUUUGGUUGUAUGCUAGUGGUAGCAGUUUGGGCGAGUGGUUGUAGCUGGUGCAGUGGAGUUAUUAAUCUAUCUUUUAGUUAGUUUGCUGCAGACAGUUUUAUUUUUUUCUAUUAGCAUUCAUUCAUACUUAUAUUUUUUCUUUUCUACUAGGUUACCUCUUUCACUGUUGGGUUCUCGGUUGGCGCAUAUAUAAUUUUAUGGAUCAUGCGGUGGAAGGAUGGCAGAAACCACCAAACUCUAGACUCGAAAUUCCAGUAUGAUCUACAGCAGCAGCUUGCGCUCUCAUUGGAGGUACAACAGCCGCCUCCACCGUCCAUUUCACCGCCUCCACCGUCCGUUUCACAACUGUCGCCGUCCUCACCAGAGGAUAUCUCAUCAUCCGAAUCACCGGAGGUGCCGUCCUCACCAGAGCUGACGUCCUCCGGUAGUGACUUGGCAAAGCUGCCACCUUCACCACUAUGUCCACCACCACUAUGUCCGCCACCACACUAUCCACCGCGUCAUCCGGUUCCAUGGUGUUCCCGACAAGCUCCCGUCGCUGAGCUGCCAGUCUCAGUGGUGUUGCCGUUGCCAUCACUCUAUCCGAUCCCAUCAAAAGCACCUCUUCUUCCUUGGUUAACCUGUAAGGAAUGGAAAAAAUGGAAUCGUAAGGCGGUUGGCAUGAAUCGAUAAACCUUAUUUUUAUGUUUGUUUUGUUUAAUAUUUUGUUGGUGUUCAAUAUUGAUGCUUAGACUUGAACUUUGACAUCAAAUUGAACAUCACUUUUUUUGUAUGUUACCUACAUUUGGCUUAAACCUAUGACAAACCUUGUAUGUUAGCUAACUCUUGUUUCUCCCUUAAUUUUACUAUAUGUUAUGUGAUUAAAUAGA